AUGGCUGCUGCUAAGCCUGCAGUGACACCAGUUGAUGCCAACACUAAACUUACAACUAAGCAGCAUGAUGAUCAGUUUGAAGACAAACCAGACAUAGCAUUUGGUGUUCAAACUUUGAGUCAAUUCUUACAACAACCAAAGAAAACAUACAUGGAUGUAGCAGUAAGGAUUGUCAGGUAUAUCAAAAAGGAUCCCGGUCAAGGAUUACUUCUAUCCAACAUACACAAGAAUGAGGUUGCAACCUAUUAUGAUGUAGACUGGGCUGCAUGCCCUUUGACCAGGAAAUCUGUUACAAUGUUUCUAAUCAAAGUUGGUGACUCACUACUCAGUGAAAGCAGUGGUGAAGCUAAAGGGAGCCAAGGGGGUUCAAUUGAAUCCUCUGUGCCAAUAAGCUGCACAACGCAGACGCAGUUGGAAUGGGAGAUAGUGUCAGAAGAAUUGACAAAACUGGGAGGUGGAAAGCCUAAUGGCAUUACUAAGUACUAG